GCAAAGGUGAGAAAAUACAAAGUAAAUUAGGGUUUUAGACAAGUUCAUACUUAAAUUGUAUCCUCUUCAUACUGAGUAAAUUGUAUCCUCUUGAUAUUGCAGCCCUGUUUCGCUUCCCUUCUCCCAACAGCCCGAAAAUUAAAAAUGGUGAAGGGUCGUCAAGGAGAGCGCGUUAGACUCUAUGUCAGGGGCUCAAUUCUUGGCUACAAAAGGUCAAAAUCGAAUCAGUACCCGAACACAUCUUUAAUUCAGAUCGAGGGAGUUAAUACCCAAGACGAAGUUGCUUGGUAUUUGGGAAAGAAAUUGGCUUACAUUUACAAGGCUAAUACCAAGAAGAAUGGUUCUCAUUACAGAUGUAUUUGGGGCAAGGUUUGUAGGCCUCAUGGUAAUAGCGGUGUUGUUCGUGCUAAGUUUAAGUCCAACCUUCCCCCUAAAUCAAUGGGUGAUAAGGUUAGGGUAAUGAUGUACCCCAGCAACAUCUAAGAAGCUAGCAUGGAAGAUGUUAAACCGAGGAUCUCUUGGGCAGAGCUAUAUACUGGAGUUCCAGGGAGCCACUUUCCUUCACUUGACUAACUUGUAUUGAGACAGUUGUAUGUUGGUGGUCAAUUUUGCUUUAGGAUGUGUUGAAAGAUCUCUUGGGCCUGAAACCUGGUCGUCUCUUUGAUGUUAAAGAGCUAAUAUUGCUCAAGUUUUUGACAUUGUUUUCUAUGAAUAUUGAACAUUUCCUAA